AUGGAAGCUCCGGAUCCUAAGAUGAACCCUAACAACAAGCGCAAGAGAGGCCCAGGUGACCAGGGAGGCGGUCGCGAAGCCAAGGCGCAAACUACGAACGGAGAACACCAGGACUAUGCCGCACUCCUCCAAGGUCUCGAAGGUGUCUCGGGUACAGACGACAGCACGCGAACCGCGCAAGCUGCUCUCGCUGCGCCUAUGAGCCAAUCUGCAUAUCCUGAGCCACCAUCCUUUGAUGGAGCUGCCGCGUUGUCGUCAGCCUUUGACGAGAACAGUCCUCCCGCCAUGGCUGGAAUGGGCAACAACAUGGGCGCCAGCAUGGACAACAUGGGAAAUAAUAUGGGGAACAACAUGGGUGGCAUGGCGCAAUCUCCUAUGGAUGCUCGUGGCAAUCAGAACAACAAACCACCUGUGGGCAGUUCGGAAUGGCACCAACUUCGCAAGGACAACCACAAAGAAGUCGAACGUCGUCGCCGCGAGGUCAUCAACGAGGGCAUUGAGAACAUUGCCAAGAUUGUCCCAUGCUCUGAGAAGAACAAGGGAGCUAUACUCCAACGUACUCACCAGUAUAUCUUGGAGAUGCAAACCGAGAAGGCUCAGUUCCAGACCGAGCGUGCCACCUUCGAGAUUGCCUUGAGAGAAUUGACGAACCGUCUUGACCGCAUGAAGGAGAGUGCUCGUACUGCUUGGGCCGAAUCCAACAAAUGGCAACAACGCUGUCGUGACGCUGGUCUGCACUUUGACGACUUCGACGAGGGCACUCUCACCGGUCUUGAGGAAGAGGACGCCAAUGCUGCCGACGUGGUUUCUUAG